ACCCCGUCCAAGCGCUCGCCCGACAGCACAGGCAGCAGUAUAAGGGUUUACUGUGUUUACAGCUCGUUUAGGGACGGACCUGGCAAAUCUCACUCGUUUUAUUUUUCAGGGCCCUUCAGCCUCAGUUUUAGCAGUGUAAACAGUAAAGGAAACGAUCGUGCAUUUUCAUCCUUAUCUGUUUUAAACCUCGAGCACAAUCCGAUUCUCUGACCUUGGCAAAUACUGUUUUGUUUGUGUCUGCAUUCUGUUCCAGGCAGAAAAUGAUAAAAAAAAAAAUAAAGUGUAUUUUAUUCACGAUGAUCUAUGCAGAGUGACUAUAUAAUAAUAAUAAUAAUUUUGAUUUCUAAUCAUUGCGCAGCAGUCUGAUAAGGGUGUUUGGGUGAUUCUCUUUUAUUAUUGUUAUUUAUUUUGUGUUUCUUUGCCGGAAGUGACCCCCUCGCAGCCGGAGGAGGCGGCCACUCCGGGUUUCAUUCAGAGAGCACAGAGCACAGCUCCCUCCGGCUACAGAGAACAACGAGCUCCCGGGACCGGAAAAAAAAACACACACGAACUAAACAAAACCAACUGGAAAAACAAAACAAAACUGCAUUUCUAAACCCUCAAGAGCGGAGAUGUCGGGAGCGUCCGCAGCAACCGCGGGCAGCGAGGACGGAAAUGGAAGAGCAACCCGUGUGAUUCGAGUGGGGACUAGAAAAAGCCAGCUGGCCCGAAUUCAGACAGACAGCGUGGCUGAGAAGUUAAAGGAUCUGUACCCCGAAGUUCACACGGAAAUCGUUGCCAUGGCUACCACCGGGGACAAAAUCCUGGACACAGCCUUGUCAAAGAUUGGAGAGAAGAGCCUCUUCACGAAAGAGCUGGAGAAUGCUCUGGAGAGAAACGAGGUUGAUCUUGUGGUGCAUUCUCUGAAGGACCUCCCUACCACACUGCCCCUGGGCUUCACCAUCGGGGCUGUCCUCAAACGAGAAAACCCCCAUGAUGCCGUUGUUCUGCACCCGAAGAAUGCUGGGAGAACGUUACACACGCUUCCAGAGAAGAGUGUGAUCGGGACAAGUUCUCUGCGGAGAGCAGCUCAGCUCAAGAAGAGAUUUCCUCACCUGGAGUUCAAGGACAUCCGGGGGAACCUUAACACCCGUCUGAAGAAGCUGGAUGAGAAGGACGAUUACUCUGCCAUCAUACUGGCAGCUGCCGGGCUGCGGAGAAUGGGCUGGGAGAGCAGGGUCAGCCAGUUGCUGGGCCCUGAAGACUGCAUGUACGCUGUCGGCCAGGGGGCGCUGGCGGUGGAGGUGCGGGCUCGUGACAGGGAUAUCCUGGACAUGGUGUCUGUGCUGCACGACCCGGAGACUGUGCUGCGCUGCGUGGCUGAGAGAGCCUUCCUCAGACACCUGGAAGGAGGCUGCAGUGUUCCAGUCGCGGUGCACACUGAGCUCAAGGACUCCCAGCUGUACAUGACCGGCGCUGUGUUCAGUCUGGACGGCUCCGACAGCAUCAAGGAGACCAUGCAGACCUCCAUCGUGAUGGACGCUCAGGAGGAGGAAGGCCCGAGCGAUGACCCUCAGCACGUGGGCAUCACUGCGAGGAACGUGUGCUCGCGGGACCAGGCCUCUGCUGAGAAGCUGGGGGUAGACCUGGCCUGCCUGCUGCUCAGCAAGGGGGCCCGCGAGAUCCUCACUGUGGCCAGGCAGCUCAACGACGCCAGAUAGCCAAGCCCGGGCCUUCCCCCUGACCCACAGGGAGGCACGGUCACAGAGGGGACUCUCCACUCCCAUGCCCAAGAGCUCGGGAUUCCUUCACAGCGGUACUGCCUCCCACCCCCACCUCAAACCAUCAGUUAUAAUGAUUUCACAUGAGGGCGAGGGAGAGGUGUAGGAAUGCCCCUCCAUAUUCUGUGUAGUCAGAAUGAUGUGAAUCUGUUUUUUUCUACCAUCCAAAAUAAAUAUAAAAUAGAUAGGGACAUCCUAACGCUUAAUGUGAAACGAAUUCAAACCGGGCCCCUAGAAAGUCUGUAAAAGGCAAGCCUAACACUUCGCAAUACUGUCCUAAACAAAUAACUGUUUUCAUUAAUAUGCACAAUAUAAUAAUCACGUCAAGCUGACAACAGCCCAAUGUGAACUUUGUGGCUUAUGAUCAUGAAGUGAAAAUAAAUAUCUUAACAAGACAAUAAUCACAUUCAGCCUGAAAACCCACUUAAUGUGAAAAAUGUGGCUUAAUGUGAUUGUUAUGCUGUGGUAACCAGAACCGCGAUGUUUGGACCAGUGUUGGGAAGUGCUAAGCUUGCUAUCUGCAAAGUUUCUUGGGGUUUGGUUUGAAUUUAAGCACAUUAAGCAUUUUAGGAAGUCCCAAUAGAUGCAUCCUUCAAUUUUAUGUCCUGAAAGUUUGCAGCUGAAAUCCAGAUCCCAAGUGUGCUUUCUGAAUGUGGGAGUGCGCUGGAGGGAAACGCCUGCACUCGUGUGCUCGUGUCACCAGCCAGAUUAAAGUCACCUGGUGACGGAUGCCAUCAGCGCACGCACCUGACCCCCGCAGCGUGUCUUGUCUUUAGCUUAAAGGCUGGCAUGGGGCUGUGGACUCGUGCUGAGGUAUUGAACACCUUUGUGCAGUAUUAACACGACACCUGUGAACUCCUGUUGCAAUCUCAGCCUGUCUGAAACUCCGGGUGUCUUUUGAAGCGUGUUUUUAGAUUGGUUGUGUACUUGCUACGAGAGGUUGAUUGCUAUGCUUUUAAGUCAAAGUGGUUAAAUGUUUUUUUCAUAAAAGUGCUGCUGCUGUUUCUGGAGGUUUUUGGAUCCGCUGUGCGUCUGUGAGUUUCAGUUUGAGUGCCUCCUUUCUUCCUAUGCAUGUACGGAUAAGCAUGUGCUUAUCUUCUCUGGACUGCUAGUAACAUCUGGGUGUGGGAGAGAACUAGGAUUAGGACUGGAGCUCCAGAAAUCAGUAGUUACAAAAGAAGGGCGAUUUACUGCAUGGGUGAUUAGAGGUGUUGUGAACUUCAAGCUAAAGGCUAGUUGCCUUCCCCUGAGCAACACUGAUAGCACUGUGAGCCCUGUGCAUAAAGAUUUAUAUAAACAGUUAAUGGAUGACUUUAGGUCCUUUAACAGAGUGCUUUAAGUAACUCAUGAGUUAAACCCUAAAUAGCAAUAGGAUGGAGGGGAUGGGGCAAAGCAAAGGGUUAUGGGAGAUGUAGUUUUGUGAACCCUUAAGUGCCUGUGUAUAGUAAAAACAUGUAACAGACUACAUCUCCCAAAGACCCAUCCAUUGUCUUGCCUCCAUACUGAGGGAUUAGACCAGCAGCUGUGCAAAGGCAUGCUCAGUUUAGAGUGGUUGGGAUCUCUGAAACACCCAUGAUGCUGAAUGCAAGAGUGCCAUCUGACUGAAACACACUGGCAUCAGUAUGAACUACUACCUGAACAUACUGAUAUAUAAACAUAUAACGUGAUCAGCGUGAUUGAUAGCUAUUACAACAGUGUGUAUAUGUAUAUAUUAUAUCUGAAAAAUGUACUCUGAGUGCGUGUGUGUAUAUAUAUAUAUAUAUAUAUACACACACACACCCCCAAAGAGAAAAUGUUCCUGUUUUGCCUCUUUUGGGAAUAGCGGAUUGGUUUUUCCUGUUGUCUGGAAUAUUCUCAGGUCCUGAGAUCGUAAGAUUCAGAUCUAACCCAUCUCUCGAGGUGUAAUGAAUACUGCAAAGCCAGUUUGCUGAAUCACACCCAUAAAACCAAUUUUGCUCCAGAAACGUUGCUGACCUGUUGCAAUAUACAAAGUAUGUAUUGUUAGUGGAAUUUGAAACUCAUACAAUCACCGCCCCCCAUGCACAAAACACACAUUGAAAGUCUCACAAAUAUUUCUGGCUUUACAGUAAGCCAUUAUGUACGCUGGUUCAAAAGACAGUCUGGUAGUGCGAGAGCAACGCUGAAUGAGUCCCUGGUUAAAGACUGGCCUCCGAGUACAUUAAAACCGUUAUUCCUACAGUUAACAAAGACAUUUAAGGGCCAUAUAACAAUGCAAUGCCAAAUGUUAUACCACUCUCAAAUACAUGAAAAACAAAUAAAAUGGAUUUUACCCA